CAGGGUAGAGAUCUGAACAAUAUUAAUCCUAAUGCUGUAUCAGAAAAAGAAGAAACGUAUAUGAGGGUUGAUCAGCCGUAUAAGGAUGAAAUUCCUACAGAGAACUGCCAAGAUAAAUAUACCAGAAGCUCAGAGGAAUAUCUCCUUGUAUCAUCAGAUUAUAAAGUAGAAGAUAGUGAAAACACACAGGAUACAUAUAAAGAGUGUGCCAUUAUUUCAGAUAUACCCUCAUCCCUUUAUAUUAGAUAUUUAUCACCUGAUCCAUUAAAGCAUGAAGUUCAAUCUCCUGAUAUAUCACAGAUCAAUAAUCAAAGUACAAAUCACAGAGAGCUUAUAGACAGUAGAAAUCAUAUAGAUGAGAGACUAUUUUUAUGUUCAGAAUGUGGCAAACAUUUUCCUCAGAGAUCAGCUCUUGAGAAACAUCAAAGAACUCACACAGGAGAACGACCAUUUUCAUGCUCGGAAUGUGGGAAAUGUUUCACCAGAAAACCACAUCUUUUUCAGCAUCUAAAAAUUCACACAGGAGAAAAGCCCUAUCAAUGUUCUGAAUGUGGGAAAUGUUUCAGCCAAAAAUCUGAUCUUGUUAAACAUCAGAGAAUUCACACAGGAGAGAAACCAUAUUCCUGUUCAGAAUGUGGAAAGUGUUUUAGCCAAACUUCUGCUGUUAUUGGACAUCUAAGAAUUCAUACAGGCAUUAAGCCAUUUUCAUGUUCAGAAUGUGGAAAAUGCUUUACUAAGAGAUCGGAGCUUGAAAAACAUCAAAGAAUUCACACGGGAGAGAAGCCAUUUUUAUGUUCUGAGUGUAAGAAAAGUUUUACAUCUAAAUCUAACCUUUGUAAACAUCAGAAAAUUCACACAGGAGAGAAGUCAUUUUUAUGUUUCCAGUGUGGGAAAGGUUACAGCAAGAAAUCCGCAUUUAUUGAACAUCAGAAAUAUCACAUGGGGGAGACUGCAUUAAAUGUUCAGACUGUAGGAAAUAUUUUGCCUCCGGUAUGGGACUCCUCUGAGUCUUUUAUUAUUGAGGACAAGUCCCCUGAUGUAUCAGAGACUAUGAACCUAUUUACAGAUCAGAGACAGAAUACUAGCAAGCAGAUUCAAAGAAAUGAGAAGCAAUUUUCUUGUUCAGAGUGUGGAAAAUAUUUUUCCCAAAAAUCUGAUCUUGUUAAACAUGAAAAACUUCAUACAGGAGAAAAACCCUUUUCAUGUUCAGAAUGUAGAAAAUGUUUCAUGAGUAAAUCACAGCUUGCUCAACACCUAAAAACUCACACACGAGAGAAGCCAUUUUCAUGCUCAGACUGUGAAAAAUGUUUUACCCAGAAAUCGGAUCUUGUUGAUCACCAGAGAAUGCACAUAGGGGAGAAGCCAUUUUCCUGUCCUGAAUGUGGGAAAUGUUUCUACAAGAAAUCACAUCUUACACAACAUCUAAAAAUUCACACAGGAGAGAGACCAUUUUCAUGUUCAGAAUGUGGGAAAUGUUUUACCCAGAAAUCAGAUCUUGUUAAACAUCAAAGAAUUCACACAGGAGAGAAGCCAUUUCCAUGUACUAUAUGUGGGAAAUGUUUCAACCAGAAGUCAGCUGUCAUUGACCAUCAAAGAAUUCAUACGGGGAAGAAGCGAUUUUCAUGCUCAGAUUGUGGCAGAUGUUUUAAUCAAAGAUCAAUUUUUGUUCAGCAUCAAAGGAUUCACACAUUAGAAGAGCUUUUCCCAUGUUCAGAAUGUGGGAAGUGUUUCAGCAAAAAACCUGCCCUUGUCAAACAUCAGAAAGAUCACACAAGGGAGAAGCCAAUAUAAAGGCUAUGGGGGCAAUUUAUUAAAAUAUUGCAUUGUACUCAUUUUGAGCUAAAAAAAAAAUCAUUAUUCCCCUCACCCAUGCGACUAGGGCCUCCCAUCCGGGACAGGAAGUGUGAUGAGAUAAAAUGGUUCACACACCCACCACACCUUAGUUCAGGUUUCUUGUCCUCUGGAUAGCAGGUACCUGAGGAGUUCCCUUUUUCUUUUUAGGUUCUCACCUAAAAAGAUGGGACCUACCAUAAUGGGACCUACCCCUGGCAGCGUCAGUCUCCGGUGGAAGCCAUCGCCUAAGCCUGUCUUGCUCCUGCCUCCUCCCAAAGCCUAAUUAGGGAGCCGCUGCAGCAGUGUUCAGGCGGCUCCCAGUCCAUGGUAGUGCGGCGGCCGGCGGCCUACUUCUAAGAUGGCGGAGAGUGCCCCCAUGCGCACCGGGGAGGCUUCUUUAGGGGCAUUAAAUCUCUGCCAGCGGCGCUAACAGGAAGGGGAGUGGCUUGCCGGCCUCAUGGAUUAGGCAUUACUGUUGGGCAUACUGUUCAAAGGAGCCGAGGCGCGUAACAAGUCGGCAGCAGGAGGGGACAGCCAGCCGUGGUACGCAAACAAUGCUGUGCAGGACCUGGAAUCUCCACUAAGAUGUCGGAACCAGGUGAUCAUGGACGCGCCGAUCCCUUGGAACCCUCGAGGACCACAAGCCCGGUAUUGGACCUGAGGAGUGGGGAAGCUUGACUCUUCACUUUGGGUGAGAUUGAUCCUCUAUUAAUAAUUUUGGGUGUUUUGUUUUUUUUUUGUAGCAAAAACACCUAAUAAAUCUUCCGGCAAAACUAAACAUAAGGAAUGUGGAGGAUGUAGAGUAGCGUGGUCAGCUGCAUAUGCUAAACCACUAUGUCAAGCUUGUAUAGAUAAGUUAGCCAUGGAAGAAUCCCAUAGCUUAUCUAAAACCAUUAAGGCCUUAGUACGAUAUGAAGUGAAGUCCUCUAUUAAGUCCUCUGUUAAGAAGGGCAUACCUAUAACAUGGACUCUGAUUCUGAUCUUUCUGGUGAAGACAAAGACAUAGAACCAGGUCAGUUAUCGUCUGAUUUAAUGUCUUCAGAUGAAGAUUCAGCGGGGAAAGUGUUAUUUUCACCGGAAGAUACUGAUCCUUUAUUAAAAGCCCUAAAAAAAACUAUGCAGUUGGAGGACGUAAAACAUCCUAAGACUAUUGCUGACCAGGUUUUUGAGAGUCUUGGCCCUAAACGCCAUAGAGUUUUUUUUACGUUCAUAAGAACAUAGAAGCAUUGAUUAGGAAAGAAUGGAAAAACCCUGACAGAAUUUUUUUUAUACCGAAUUCUGUUAAAAGAAAAUAUCCAUUUGAAGAGUCAGUGGCGGGCAUAUGUUACAGAGCUCCUGCUGUAGAUGCUCCUGUAGCUAAAAUAGCCCCAAAAAAUCGGCUGUUCCGUUUGAUGAUUUGGGCUGUUUAGGAGACCCUUUAGAUAAAAGAGCUGAUGUUUAUCUUAAGCGUACUUUGGAACGUGCCUCUACAAGUCUCAGGCCGGCCAUUGCCGCUUCCUGGGUCUCCAGGUCAUUAAGGCUAUGGUUAGGUUAAUUAGAAUCUCAUAUCAGAGACAAAACCCCUAGAGAGGACUUACUAUCCUCCCUCCCAAAUGUUCUCAAGGCAGAAGACUUCCUUGCAGUCGCUUCAACUGAUGUGGUCCGUUUUUCUGCCAUUGCAGCUGCUAUGUCAAAUGGAGCAAUGCGUGCUAUUUGGCUUAGAUCAUGGAAAGGGGAUUCAGGUCCGAGUCUAGGCUUUGCUCUCUCCCUUGUGAAGGUUCUAGAUUGUUUGGUUCGUCUCUGGAUUACAUCUUAGAGAGCCUCUGACAAAAAGAAGGGGUUUUCGGUUCCCCAGGAAACUUAUUUUUUUUGUAAACACUAGGCCAGUUUUAAAAAACAGAGGAGUAGGCAAAAUAAUAGAAGUGAGAGAGAAAAAUGUCCUAAAAGAUCUGGGGGGGGGGGGUUGUUUAAAAUCCAGGAAAACAGAUCAAAAGACAAGUCCAAAUGAUGCCAGAAGUCAGGUGGGCGGAAGACUGUUCUUCCUAGCCUGGGGGUCCAUUUCUCAUAACAAAUGGAUCCUAAGUGUAAUAGAAAACGUAUUUCGGCGAGUUCCUUUCUCGCCUAAAAAUUUUUUCACUCAGACAGUUCGGCCCAAAAAUCUGGAAAAAAGGAAAGUUUUGGAAGCAGAGAUUUUUUUGUUCUUAGACAAGGGAGUAGUUUGUUCAGUUCCCAAAACAGAGAGGGGCAAGGGAUUCUAUUCCCCUUUUUUUUGGUUAAGAAACCAAAUUAUACGUUCAGGGUUAUUUCAAAUCUGAAGAAACUGAACAAAUUUCUGGUCUACAAGAAAUUUCAUAUGGAGACGAUAAAAACAACUGUGAGCCUCCUCUUCCAGGCUUGCUGGAUAGCAAGCCUGGAUCUGGAGGACGCGUAUUACAACGUCCCAAUCCAUUCCUUUGGUAUAGCACAGGCUCAAAGAGUCUUCACCAAAGUGGUAGCAGAAUUAGCGGCCUUUUUAAGACUUUUUUGAUAAUCUCUCAGUCAAAAGAAGGACUAGAAAAAGAUAUGAAAUUCCUCUGCUCCACUUUAGAAAACUUAGGAUGGAUAAUCAAUUGGAAAAAAAUCUAAUCUGAUUCCUUCUCAAGUUUGCAUUUUUUUGGGAAUUCAGUUGUACUCUUGUUUACAAAGUUUCCUUCUACUUCAAAGGAGAGAGGCGAUUAGGGAGCAAAUAUGGUCAGUCUUCCUGUCCUACCACUGUACUUUCAGGGAAGCAAUGGUGGUGCUAGGGCAUAUGAUAUCAGCAAUCCCAGCAGUACCUUAUGCACAGAUCCACUCCAGAGAUCUUCAAGCAGACAUCCUAAGAUUCUAGGACGGCUCCCCAUAUUCUUUGGAUCAAAAAUUCCACCUUUUCUCAAAGGCAAGACGCUCCCUGUUGUGGUGGAAGAUACCAAAAAAUCUAUCAGCAGGAGUGCCAUGGACAUUUCCAGACCGGACCAUAAUUACCACAGACGCCAGCCCUUGGAGUUGGGGAGCCCACUCCCAAAACAAAUAAUGGCAAGGGAGGUGGGAUCUGAAUUAUGAGGAAAGCAUCCUACAAUUUCAAAGAGUUAAAAGCAGUAGAGAGGGCACUGACGGUGGUGCUUCCGGAAAUAAUAAACAGAAAGAUUGUGUUCUAUUCGGACAAUUCAGCAGUGGUGGCCUACAUAAACUGUCAAGGAGGAACGAGAGUCUCUUCCCACCUACAUCUAUGCCAGGAGAUCUUUUGUAUUGCAGAGAGAAGAAUGCUUUUCCUUGCAGCGGUACAUCUGAAGGAGAAUGUUAUAGCAGACUUCCUCAGUCGAGUUUCCAUAAGACAGGGCGUAUGAUGUCUAAACAAAGAAGUUUUUUUUACAGAUAGUCCAGAGGUAUGGUCUUCCUACAGUGGACCUUUUUGCCUCAAGAGCCAACAGGAAGGUAGAGAAAUGUUUCUCCCUCAAUCAUUUGGACAGCCCAUCAGCAGUGGAUGGGUUGGCUCAGGACUGGAGCCAAGAAUUAGGGUACGCCUUCCCUCCAAUUUGCCUUAUCCCACAAGUAUUGAAGAAAAUAGAGAACGAUGCCUCGGUUAUCCUGAUUGCUCCAAAGUGGCCCAAGAGGUCCUGGUAUUCGAAUCUUCUGAGGUUGGCAGUUCAGCCUCCGUGGACCCUACCAUUGAGAAAGGACCUUCUUUACCAGGGUCACUAGUUCAUCCCAGCCUAGAAGUUCUUCAGCUUUCAGCAUAGAUUUUUAAAGAGAGGUCUGGUCAGGAAGGGGAUUGUUGGACAAGGUGGUUUCCACCUUGCUAAAAAGUAGAAAGGCAGUUACCUCUAAAAAUAUAUUAAAAUUUGGAAUAUUUUUUUUCUACAUUCCUAGGUCAAAGCCCAGAUCCCAUUUAAAUCUCCACAAAUAGCAAGAAUCCUGGAUUUUUUGCAAGCAGUACUUGAUAGGAAUCUUAAAGCUUCCACACUAAAAGUUCAGGUAGCUGCCCUAAGUUAUUUUUUUUAAUUAUAGGUUAGCUGAUCAUCCGUGGAUUAAAAGAUUCUUGUCAGCAGCCUUUAGGUUACAUCCUUCCUUAAGACCAUUGUCUCCGCCCUGGGAUUUUAAUAUGGUUCUUUCGGCCCUAUCUCAGAAGCCGUUUGAACCAUUAAAUGAGAUUUCUAUUAAAAUGCUCUCCUUUAAAAUGGCCUUCCUUCUAGCAAUAACCUCUGCUAGACGGUUUUCUGAGAUUCAAGCAUUUUCUGCUUUCCCUCCCUAUACCACUUUUUUGGAGGAUAGUUAUCAUCAGACCAAUUCCAUCUUUCAAGCCGAAGGUGGUCUCAGAUUUUCACAGAAGUCAGCAUGUGGUUCCUCCCUCCUUUUGCCCAAAUCCAGCUAAUCUGUCAGAAGAAAAAUGUAUUGCCUAGAUGUUAGGAGGUGUCCACUUCUCCUUGGAGGAUAGAUGAAAAUCUCCUAAUCCAGUUUCAGGGAAAGUGUAGGAGCCGCAAGGCUUCCACUAGCGUUAUUGCUAGAUGGGUGAAGAAUGCUAUUUCUCUUGCUUAUUCUUCCCUUAGUCUGCCCCCUCCAAGGGGGUUUGGGGCUCAUUCUAUCGGGGCCAUUGCGAUCUCUUGGGCAGAAAGGGCAGAUGCUUCUCUGGCCCAGAUAUGUAGAGCCGCUUUCCCCAUACUUUUUUCAGACAUUACAGGAUGCAUCUUGACUCAGAUGCAACCUUUGGGAGGAAAGUUCUAAGUUCUACAAGCCGUAGUAACCCCCCCGCCCCCCCUUAAUUUUUGUCUGGUUUAUAGUUUAGUCUCGCAUGUGUGCCGUCAUGGGUGUGGGGAAAACAAUAAUUGCUCUUACCGGUAGUUGUUUUUCUUAAAACUCAUGAUGGCACCCCAAAAAUUUAGAGCCUCUUUUCCUUGGAAAUUUAGAGGAACUACCGGAUGGAUUCUACUCUUUCUACUAUUCAUGUUGUGUUCUGUCCUUUAAUCCUUCUUGCUUGGCGGUUGGCACACCACCGGAGUUUGAUUUAUUAUAAUCACUGAGGUGUGGUGGGGGUGUGAACCAUUUUAUCUCUUCAGGUUUCCUGUCCCAGAUGGGAGGUCCUAGUUGUAUGGGUGCCGUCAUGGGUUUCAAGAAAACAAUUACCUUUAAGAGCAAUUAUUGUUUUUCAGUUGGUGUCAUUUUCUCUCUUUUCCAUCAGUUGGGGAGCUGAUCGCUCCUUAUCUCUGACAUUAUAAACACUCAUUAUAGCUCAGUUCUUAUCUUACUGAUAUAAUUGUGGCUUAAACAAGUGUUUAUGACCUCUUAGUAAUUUAGACAUGAGGGUGAUUAGAUAACUGGCACAAAGUGCAAGUACCAGUCGCAUAGUUAGAAAAAACUGUCAACCCUUUGUGACAGAACGGCUCAGAAUUUUUAAUAAAGGCCAAUUGAAAAAAUGAUUUUUAGCCAAAAAUAAAUAAAAUUUAAUCAUAAACAAAAAUUGCCUCUGAAGGUGUACAUGGCUUUUAAUGUUCACCCACUGAUGUUUCCGCUGCUGCAGCAGCUUCAGAACCUACAAUCCUUUUUUUGGGUGUAAAUGCGGGUUUUAAAGCGGUUUUAAAAUUCUAAUAAAACUUCUUGGCCCAGCUUGGGACCAUAGCUGACAAUAGGCAUAAGAUUUUUAAGAAGUAUUAUUUGGGGGUAAACAAGGCAGGAUUUUUUUUACCUGCCAUGCCGUGCCCAUCCUCCGUUUACCUGGUAGCAUUAGAAUUGUAUGGUAGUGCCUUUUUACCCCUUCCUUCAUGUGAAUGAUAGGCUGAUUUGUGGAAAUUAGAAAAGUUUUAGCUGAAUGUCAGUUUGGUCGACAGCUGUCUUAUGUCUAUGAACAGCUAUAUAUUCAUUUACAUUCUACACUGCCUGUCCCCAAAAAAAAAGUCGCCACCUGGAUUUAACUAAGAAAAUAUUUUUGAGCCUCCUAUUGGAUAAUGACUGCAUGGGCGAUGAUCUUUCAGAUGGCAACAAGUUAUUUAAUCCCAACUGGUACAAAGAGUUGCUUCUCAUUUCUUAAUUAACUAUGUCGAAAGACACAUCUCGUCGUCCUGGAAA